GCUCGCAAUGUUCUCAUCCUCCGCUCGACCACGAUUCAGCCCAACCGCCUGUCAGUUGCAAUUCGAGUUGACGAACGCAAGAAAAACAGACUACGAUGAUAAAUUAUGGAUACCCCUCAUUAGCUGUCCAGCAAAAUUUCCACCCGAACUGUUUGAAAUAGCCGCAUCGCAGCUAAUACACCACCCAGAAUAUAACUCAACACUCAUAUUGCGGUCGGAAACCUUACAAAAUCUUACCGACCAAGACGCAUUUCCAGAGUGUACACCCCAGCUUCAGGACUAUCAUAAAGUUCGUUGUAUCCACCGGAAACUUCUACCAAGAAGACCGGGACGAGAUGCUGCUCUUGAACAAUACUGUACGCUCUAUGCUGCUAACUCAAGAAACUAUGAAGCACCAGAUUCUGAAACCGUUCCAACCACCUUGGUUUUGACGCCUAUCGUAACUCCCGAAUCCCCUCUUCCUUACUAUCACCCAACCGUUUCACAUUUAGCCUUUCGUUUUCUCAUGGAGAAAGACAAAGGAAUCCUCCGAAUAGAAGCAAUACCACUCCCGAACACAUCACUGGAUCCCAAUGCUCGGCUAUACCGCACUUGCCUUGCCCUUCUCGAUACGCUUCAUCGUUAUGGGUGGGGAGCAAUGACGAACUAUCAGAAGAGGGUCCAACACGACAUCCAUGUCCCACGAGAGGAAUAUCAGGAUCUUUAUCUCGUGAUGCGAGAAAGGCAUAAAAACCUCGUCGACGCCUGGCAGGAGGUCACCGAUCCUCUGAAACACGUCUUUGAGGAUAUCGGUAUCGCCACAUAUCUGAUGCUUUUGUGGAAAAGGACAUUCACCUCAGAGAAUCCGAUGGAAGACUCUAGUGAACAAGCAGAACCUUGGAAACGAUGGCCACGUCCACCAGGUGGUUUUGUAGACUUUGGGUGUGGCAACGGACUUUUGACACACAUCCUUGUUAGUGAGGGUUACGAUGGUCAUGGGUUUGAUGUUCGUGCCCGAGCUUCGUGGUCGACAUACCCUCCCCAUACCCAAGCAAAAUUAUACGUAUACGCCUUCGAUCCACUGUCUUCCACAAUAGGUUCAGAUCAUCUUCAACCUGGGGCGUUCAUCAUCGCCAAUCAUGCAGACGAGCUUACACCUUGGACUCCUGUUGUCAGCACUCUGAUAUCUGCAUCAGGCUAUCUUUCCAUCCCAUGUUGCGCCUGGACCUUCGAUUCAAAAUACGAACGCUCCUCAAAUCAACCAUUUCCGCUUCCUUCUGACGAAUCACUGGAAAGCUUUACGACCAGGCUGAACUUGGGGGGCGAUGGGAGCAAUACUAGUUCGUACACUAUGUUUCGGAUAUGGCUGGCAACGUUGAGCCUUCACUGCGGAUGGCAAGUAGAAUGUGAAACUCUCAGAAUACCGAGCACGAGAAACUGGGCGAUAAUAGGACGGAAACGACUGGAGCUUGUGCCAGAUCAAGUUGCGCAUGGCCAUGUCGAAGGUAUCCUCCAGAAUGUUCAGGCGCGAAGACUCUUCAAACCGAGAAAACCAGAAGGUAAAGCUGGGCACUAACAUAGCUAAAUCGGCCCGUGCAAGAGGAC